AUGGACGCUCCGUCCACGCCCUCUCUACCUGUCUACUACGAGCCUCCCCUUUUCUCGCCUGACGGCUCUUCAACCUGGCCCGCUGUCGCGGCGUCCGCCGCCGCCGCCGCCUCUUCCGCUGGCUCCGCCGCUUCCGCCGGCGCCGCCGCCUCACAUUGGGACCUUUCUCAGCCCAGAUUGCGCCAGGCUGUUCUCAACGAGGCGCCUAUCUCCGAUAUCACCACCACCACCACCACCACCACCACCGCCACCACCACCGCUGCUACCUCUGGCUGGGAAGAGCAUGAUGCGGACUUGGCAGCAUGGACCAUACCCAACGACCUCCCCCUGAUAACCCCUGAUUUCCUUCUAGAAGAGCCGCCGUUGACAAGCGUCAUUAUCCCAGCGCCGUCGUCAGCACCCUGCGAUUUCCGACUACCACAUAUUGCUGCUGCGGGGUGCACAGACGGCAGCAUGGAGCCCAAGGGUCUCAGUGACCCUCCUGUGACUGAGAACGGUAUCGGCGCACCAGGCGUCGUCACCAGCUUGACUUUUGUUGCUGUGGCGUCUCAGAAGGGCGACGCUCUUGUGACUAAGAACGGGGUAUCAUGGGCUCCAGGCGUUCCAGAAAAACCCUCUAGUAGCGUGAUGAUGACCGUGGAUGAGCGUGCGCUCGUUGUCGGCCUUGGGUUCUCACCCGUGGAAGCAGUUUCAACGACGGCAGCAGUUUUAGCUGUGAUGCCUCCUACUGCCACAGACACUCCUCAGCUUGACCCUGGCGGCAUUGCCGCGCUGGUCCAUCGCGGCGGUGCUGUGUUUCUAGAACUCCCAGAACUCCCAAGCGUAAAAAUGGAACCUCCUGUCCCACUCUCUGCUGCCGUUUCUACUCCUCCUCCUGCUGCUGCUGCUGCUGCUGCUGGGGCUGCUGCUGCUGCUGCUGCUGCUGCUGCUGCAGCUGCUGGUAGGAGCAUUGCGUCAACACACAACGCCACGUCGACUGUCUCUGUCACCGCUCUUGAAGCCACAGGGGCACAGGAGGAAGCACGGACCACACAACCUGCCAUUCACCCUGUGCAGGCACUGCCAACGACCCAGGCAAUGCCGAGCUGUAGCCGCAGGGGGGAACUGGGCGUGGAAUGGCGCCCCAUACACCGCCGCAGCGCCACGGAGAAGCGCAGGCGACACCGGGUCAGUGCGGGGUUCAAGCAGCUAGAGAAGGUCAUUCCUGCGUCGUGGCUGCGCCAGCGGCGGUGCGCUACCAACCUGUCUGCACGCACCGAUAUGGUGUCGCUGCUUCACGCUGCUGUGGCGUUUAUCGAACAGCUGGAGUGUCCGAGCCUACAUUAA